UGGUAUUACAGUCACUAACAGGAACUGGUGGGUCUCGGUCAAAUCAGCAAGAGCUAAAUAGACGAACUGAGCAAAUAAAAUAAAAUAAAAAAAACAACAUCAACAGACAGCAGAAGAUGAAGAGCAGAUAAGAUGGAGGAGAACAAAUACAACCCAACAAGAAGAGGGAAGGGAGAGUCUGAAACCAAAUCUGUUUCCUCUGAGACAAAUGAUGAAGUUCAGCUGGAGGAACGUACAGCUGACAGUAAGUGUGAUCCAGUGAAUGAGCCUCUCGACACUCAGCUCUCAGGGAAGAAUUACAAUAGCAAAGAGGGAGAGGAUGAAAACAUAUCUGCAGCAGCAGCACGCAGUCACAGAGUGAUGGCUGACCUCACGCUUGUGUUAACUGGUGACCCAAACGCCAUCAAGAUUGGAUCAGAGAACUUCCUGCUUGAUCAUGACGAACAAAAAAACGUGAAACAGUUUUCAAACAAACUGUAUGAUCUUUGUGGUCGACAAAUCUGUGUCAUUAACAUGCUUGGUCUGCCAAAUGUUGACAAAAUCCCAUUAAAACAGGCAGUUCAUGCUUUUAUCCUGCUGAUACCAAACGGCCAGCACAACAGCCAUUACAGAUCAGGAAUAGAGUGGUUAGAAAGAACUUUUGGGAAAGAAUGUCUUUCUUAUGUUAUGACAGUCCUGACUUAUAAGUCUGAUGAAAAAUGUGAGAGUGCACUUGCAGACCUGAAAGCUAAUCACAGUGUUGUUGAACAAAGAUACCACACAUGUAGAAGAAGUAUGAUGAAUGUAAAUGAGAUAAUUGACCUCUUGGAAAAAAUAGAUGUCAUGGUCUCUGAAAACAACCCACAAUGCCACAAUUUACUGAUGAUAGAGGUAAAUAAAGAUCAGAAAAUGCAGGAGGACACACCCCACAAAGAAGUAACAAUCACAAAAGCAGCUGAACAGAUGAAGACUGCAGCUGAAAUCAAGCAGAAGUGUAAGCAAGCAGAAUGUGACGUUGAAGACUCAGAGAAGAAUGAUGAAGAUACAGCAGAACAACCUGAAAUAAAACCUGGACCAUGUGAACCAAAGGAAACAGCAGCUGAACAGAUGAAGACUGCAGCUGAAAUCGAGCAGAAGUGUAAUCAAGCAGAAUGUCACGUUGAAGACUCAGAGAAGAAUGAUGAGGAUACAGAGGAACAACCUGAAAUAAAACCUGGACCAUGUGAACCAAAGGAAACAGCAGCUGAACAGAUGAAGACUGCAGCUGAAAUCGAGCAGAAGUGUAAUCAAGCAGAAUGUCACAUUGAAGACUCAGAGAAGAAGGGUGAAGAUACAGCAGAACAACCUGAAAUAAAACCUGGACCAUGUGAACCAAAGGAAACAGCAGCUGAACAGAUGAAGACUGCAGCUGAAAUCCAGCAGAAGUUUAAUCAAGCAGAAUGUGACGUUGAAGACUCAGAGAAGAAUAAUGAGGAUACAGCAGAACAACCUGAAAUCAAACCUGGACCAUGUGAAUCAAAGGAAACAGCAGCUGAACAGAUGAAGACUGCAGCUGAAAUCGAGCAGAAGUGUAAUCAAGCAGAAUGUGACGUUGAAGACUCAGAGAAGAAUAAUGAGGAUACAGCAGAACAACCUGAAAUAAAACCUGAACCAUGUGAACCAAAGGAGACAGCAGCACCCCCUCCAAUAUUUGGCGCCCCAGGCAGCUCCCUAUAUGGCUUAUCCAAAGAAUCGGCUGUACCUACAUCAACCUAUACAGUAGAGAAGAUGGAGACUGGAAGUGAAAUCAAGUUAAAGUGUGAUCCACCAAAGGAACAUGGUGAUGCUGAACAUUCGAAGAAGAAUGAGGACGGCACAGCAGAGCAUCCUGAAACAAAGCCUGGACAUUGUGAAUCAAAGAAGAAGACAGGUACAUGUGAAAUGGAUCUAAGUGGAAACAAGCAGUCAAAGAUUCUCACUGAAGAACAUAAAAAGGAAAAACUUCCAGAAGAAACAGAGAUACUGCUUUGCAGACUUCAUCUCCAGGACAGCUAUCAACAAAAGAUGUCACCAGCAGAUUUUCUUAAAAUAGGUCCACCUGUGAAACAGAGCAAUGAAACCUGUGAGAAAGAUUUAGCUCAAACAUUUUGUCAAAUGUCGAUGAUGUUAGAUUACAGAGCCAGAUAUAUUCCUGCAAGACAAGACGGCUCUGAGGUGAGCCAACCAGAGGUUCUUCCAGAGUCUGAUAGUAUUGAUACAGAUGACGAUGAUGCUUUUUGGGCCAACACUGAAGAUUCUAAUCAAUCAAAACAGGCUCAUGUGCACCCAAUGGAUGUCCAAAUGGCAGCAUUUCACUGCUCAGACAGCUUCCUUAAGCAGAACAUGAUCACAAAGUUGUCACAGUGUCAGUAUGCCCUACCUUUGCUCGUUCCUGAUCCUGUCUCAAUGGAUAUUGAGUGUCCUCUGUGGACAUUCAGAAAAAUAACCAAAACAUGGAAGAAAACUCAGGGUGAUCUUAAGACUGUCACCAUGAAGAGCAUGCCAGUCUGCAAAGCUGAGACACCCUUGGUGUCAUUUUUCCGUCUGGGUUCACUGUCUCUGUCUAAAUCUCAGCUGAUGAACACUUUGAUCAACGACCGUCACAGCACCUUCUUCCACAGAAACUGUCCAGGUAGCACCAAAUCUCGUCAUUUGAUGGAUGGUGUGGCAGAGAUUGCCUGGUACUGUCCUGCUGGAAAACCCACUGAUUCCUUCACUGACUGCGUUGCGUUCUGUAAUCUUCAUGGUGAUUCUCUGUUGAUUGAAAAACAACGUGAAAUCCUGACUGAAAAAUCUUCAGUCAUUGUUCUUCUGCUACCAACUCUGAAGAAAAGUGAGAAGAGUUAUACAGUUGUUUCAUCCCUUCUAAACGCCACAAAACCUCUGAUUUGUCUCAUCACUGAUAGUGACUGUGGGGCAAUUCAGGCUAAACCAGGAAAAUACAAACUGGGUUUGAAGGACAGAAGCCAGUCAGAUGUUUCUGAAGAGCUGAAACAGAUUAUUGGAAAGAUUUUGUCUGGACCACAUACAACCUUCCAGCUUGAAUCAUUGGGGAUCUCUGGGAUCAGAGUGGAUGAAAACGACUCAGUCUGCCAAAAAGGGAAAUCUGCUGCCAUGGAAAUAGUGAAAAUGAUUGAGGGGAUGGAUAUUUCCAAGAUCAAAGAGAAAUUUCUCUCUUGUGAAGGACAACUUUGGCAUAACUGGUGCAGAAUAAACAAAGAGCUGUAUCACCUCAAAGGAAACAUUGAGAAAGAAAAAGAACAGAAGAAAAAACAACUGAUGGAAAUACGACAGAAACAAUGUGAUGCUUCCUGUAGUGAACUGAUGAAGUCAUUCACUAAAAGCCUCCUGAAUCUACCAUCUAAAGACAAAGAAUAUUUCCUGAAGUGGACUCAGAUCCUAAUAGAUGGACUCUCCACUGAUGAUCUCUCUUCAAUUCUCCAAAACUAUGAUGAAACGUGGUCUAAGGUCUUGGAUUUGAAGAGGAAACACGAUAAAUCUGCAGAGUUAAAAGAAAAACAAGCUGAACUUGAACAUUUAUCAAAAAAGCUGCAGUCAGCAACUUUUGGCUUGGAGCAUAUCUUCAGAGAAAUGGGACAGAUCUACGAAGCCCAUAAGUCUCAGAAGAAACAAACAGGAAGCCGACACACUGACUGGGUUAAAUACCCUGAGCUGGCAGCAGAUGUGAUGAUAUCAGGAUACCCCAUGGAGCUGAUGGACGGUGAUGCAGGUCAUGUUCCAUUAACAUGGAUCUCUAGUCUUUUACAGGAAGUCAUCAAGAAACUGGGUGACCAGAGAGUGUUUGUGUUGUCAGUGUUGGGAGUACAAAGCAGUGGGAAAUCAACAAUGCUGAAUGCCAUGUUUGGACUGCAGUUUGCAGUGAGUGCUGGCAGGUGCACCAAGGGUGCCUACAUGCAGCUGCUCAAACUUUCUGAAGAAAUCAAGAACGACUACAUGUUUGACUAUGUUCUGGUUGUGGACACUGAAGGACUGCAUGCUCUUGAGUUGGCCGGUAACACCUGUCUUCAUCACGACAAUGAACUGGCAACAUUUGUUGUUGGUGUGGGAAACAUGACAUUGAUCAACAUCUUUGGUGAGAAUCCAGCUGACAUGCAAGAUGUCCUGCAGAUUGUUGUUCAGGCCAUCAUGAGGAUGAAGAAAGUUAAGCUCUCCCCAAGUUGUGUGUUUGUUCACCAGAAUGUCACAGAUGUUGCAGCUGUAGAGAAAAACAUGGACGGAAAGAGACGGUUGCAAGAAAAACUGGACAAGAUGGCUCAACUAGCUGCAGAGGAAGAGGUGUGUGAUGUUGAGUGCUUCAGUGAUGUCAUUGCAUUUGAUGUGCAGAAGGAUGUGAAAUACUUUGCCCAGUUAUGGGAGGGAAGUCCACCAAUGGCGCCUCCAAAUCCUAGUUAUAGUGAGAGUGUCCAAGAACUGAAGAACAUCAUCCUGUCUAAGGCUUCAAAUUCUACAGGAAUCCUUCUGUCACAUUUCAGCAGCAAAAUCCAGGAUCUGUGGAACGCACUGAUGAAUGAACACUUUGUGUUUAGCUUCAAAAACACUCAAGAAAUUGCAGCAUACAGAAGACUUGAGGUCCAGUACAGUAACUGGACCUGGACCCUGAGGAGUGAGAUGCUGAAAAUUGAAAACCAGCUUCAUCUUAGAAUUGUAAAGGGACAGCUCGACAAGAUUGAGAACAGCCAUCUUUCUAAAGAAAUGAACAAAACAUAUGAAGAAUUAAAAAAACAAAUGGUGUUUUACUUUGAGGAUGACAGAGACAAAGAAAUCUUGGUUCAGUGGCAGGGCCAGUUUGAAAACAAAAUUAAAGAGUUUCAUGAGGAGCACAUUAGAGAAGUAAAAAGAAAAUUGGAUGAAGUUAUCCAGCAGAAGAAUGCUCGAAAAAAGCUUGACAACAAGAAGACAGAGUUUGAGAACAAACUGCUGCAAAAGAGCAAAGAGCUCGCGCACCAGUUAAAAGAUGUCGUAGAAAAUGAGGAAGAACUCAAAGAGCAGUUUGACUCUGUUUGGAGUUACUGGGUAGCUGAACUAACUUCAGAUAUAAUACCCAUUAAAGACAUCAACCUGGAAGAAGAUCAAUUUAAUGUCCUUGAAGAGCUUGGGACUGAAUGGAAUCUCAUCAUGAAGUCAAGAGAAGAAGGAAAAUACAAAGAACUGUCAGAAGUUGGGAAUUACUUUGGUUAUAUAACCUUAAUGAAGUAUUCAAGAGUGGGAAAGGCAUUAGAUUUUGUCCAAGAGAAAACACGAUUAAAAGUGAGUCUGUUAACCCAUGAUGACCAGGAAGAAAUUAGAUUCUUCAUCAACAAUGUGGAACAAGAAUCACUGAAGGCCAUUCAGACCAAACCUGUAGCAACACAAGGCUACACUUCAACUUAUCUACAAGAAGUGGCCAAAAAUGUUCAAAAGAAAGUGACAGAAUUUGAAUCAGAGCGAAAGUAUAUCUUUAAGAAGGAGUUUACAGUUAAUCUCUUACUGUAUGUUUUUGACAGAGCAACAAGUUGGCUUUUACAGUCACACAAGACGUACAAAGAGAACAAUGAUGCCCUCACCUAUUUGAACAGCAAGAAAAAUGAAUAUUACAUCGUUUUCAAAAGCUACUGCAAGGGAAGCUCAUCUGCUGUGGUGUUUGGAGAAAUGAUGUGUGAAAGAUUGAAGGUUUCAGCUGUUGAAGCCGUCAUUGAUCAGACUGCAGUUGAUCUUGCUGGAGAAAUGAGAUGCAGUCUCCCAGCAUUCAAUGGGAACAGACUGAACCUGGAGAAACAUGUGUUGACGUCACUUGCAGAGAAAGAAGACUUCAGUAAAUACAAAACCUACAUCCAAAAUCCAAAGAAGCAAGUAGAGGCUUUUAUAAAAGAAGAAGCGAAGAAAUACAUCUUUACAAAGCAGAAGGAAAAAGAACCGAAAAUACUCAAGAAGAAUGUAGAUGACAUCAAUAAGCUCAUCAAACAAGCUUUAUUUGAAGCAACAGACAAAGUGAAGAAGCAGGAAGGAAACAUAGACAUGUGGGUAAAGGUGUUUUCCUCCUCACUGAACAACAAGCUGACACUUGAUACCAUUUUUUGUCAAAACUUCAGAGACAUCAACAAUUUUGACUUUCUUAAAGAAAAGUUAGAGAAAGGCCUUAAAACCGUCACUACGGAGAUGAGCCGCCUCCCACUGGAUAAAGUGAUGGAGUGCAGGCAGACACCUGAUCAAAUCCUCAUUGAUCAGCUGUGUAACUGCUGCUGGGAACGCUGUCCUUUCUGUGCAGCUGUUUGCACCAACACCCUGAAGGACCACAGUCCUGAUAAACACAAUGUUCCUUUUCAUCGACCCUCUGGAGUUUCAGGAUUUCACACAAAAGACACAGUGGAUCUGGUCAUUGAUUUCUGCACCACAUUAGUUGGAAGUGACAGAAACUUCUACCCCAAUCGUGACUCAAAGAAGUUGGUUCCUUAUAAACAGUAUCCAACUGCUGGGGAUCCGCUUGCCUCAUGGAGGAUUACUGCUGAUGAAUCUAAGCUAACAUACUGGAAAUGGUUUGUAUGUCACUUUCAGAAGGAACUGGAGGAUUCCCAUAACUUGAAAUUCCAGGGUAAAGGAGAAAUUCCCAAUGAAUGGAAAAGGUACAGCAAAGAAGAAGCGAUUGAAAGUCUGGAUGAAAUGUGCAAGCAGUGAGAAAACUGCAACUGUUCUUAAAAUUAAUGAAAAGUGUCCAUUACAAAGAAAAAUAUGCCUUGAAUAGCAUCUGAUCCAAUAUCAGUGGCAGCAUAUCUAAUUGAUCAAUAUAUUCUCAAUCUUUAUUAAAUAAAAUUUUCUAAAAGUUAGAAACACUGUGAUGAGAAGAUCACAUAAAAAGAUCUGAAAGAGAGAACAAUGUUAUAAUCUUUUAUUUAGUUUUAAAAUACAUCUAACAUAUUUGGUCAUUUAAAGGUUGUUUUUCAACUAAAAUCGAACAUUUUUUAUCUUUUUCAAUAUUAUAGAGAUGUAUGACAUGGUGUUUAUAAAUACUAUCAAGAUUUCUAUUUUUUUUUUACCUUACAUUGUUGAUCAAACAUUAAUGACAUGAACCUUAUAUGUAUUACUUCUUUGUAAUGUGUGGAAACAACUUUAACGCGUCUGAAAACUUUUUUAAAAUAAAUUCUUGCAAUUUCUUCUUUGGAUGUUUGAGAAACAGUGGAAAGAUGUAAAAUGUUGAACUUAGAGAUCAUGUCAUGUGCGGUUUAUUUCAUUUUAAUUUCAUUACUUUUUGCAGUUUUGACAUUUUUAAUUUCUUAUUGUUUUGCUCUAAGAAUUUAUAAAAGAACAUGGUGUAUUUAUUUGAACUGUUACUGUUUUACUUGAUUUUUUAAAUAAUCUUAUUAUUUCCAGAUUUGAAAAUUCAUGUUCCUUACCUGAAUAAAUUUUCUGUGCAACAAAAUCAGUUAUUGUUUCAGCCUCUUGAUAAUUUGUUAUGUGGUAAUUAUGUCUGUCUGGAAAACGUCUAGAAAAUGUCUAUAUAUAUAUAUAUAUAUAUAUAUGUGUGUGUAUAUAGUGACUUAAUUUCAUAAUAAACUAAUAAUGAUUGGAUAUUUUCUAUGUAAUAACCACGAAUCAGGGUUGCAA